UACGGUAUCUGGUGCGGACUUGUUGCCGUUAAGUGAGGGACCAGCCAUGGCCAGCGAACGGCAGAACCCGGCCUUUGAAAACAGCACGGACACGGAUCAGACUCCGCGGUCAUCUAGCUUCAAGGAUUCGGACAAGUAUGUCCGAUCCAAAUCCGGGACCUUUGUCCGGCGAGACUCGGAUUACCAUGGGCGAUCUGGGUCGGAGACCAUGCCGGACUACCGGGGUGCCUUGAAGGAAAAGAUGGCCAAAACCAAAGAUCAAUUGCCCACGGGUCUCAUGCGGGAGGUCUUGGAGACCUACAAGCCGCACAUUCUGAGUCGUCGGAGACGUCUCAUUGAGGAUUGUGUCCGGGAUCUCAGGCUGAACAACGAUCAUAUCCAUAUCGUGGAGCAGGAAAUGAGGAAGGCCAUUGAUGAUGGUUUGGGUAACGCCAGCCAUGCAACGGCCAGUGUCAAAUGUUUUCCGACUUACGUACGACGCCUUCCAAAUGGGAAGGAGCAGGGCAAGUUCUUGUCUCUUGACUUGGGCGGUACCAACUUCCGUGUCAUCGUCAUGGAACUCACUCCCGACCAGGAGUUCCUUAUGGACAGCAAGAUCUACGCCAUUCCCCUCAGCAUCAUGAGAGGCACGGGCGAGGAGCUCUUCGACCAUAUCGCAUCUUGCUUGGCCAGUUUUGUCAAAGAUCGUGAGAUCGGCGACGAGAAGCUUCCCCUGGGUUUCACCUUUUCGUUCCCGUGUGCCCAGGAAGGCUUGGCCAAGGCUCGAUUGGUCAAGUGGACCAAAGGCUUCUGCUGCUCAGGGGUGGAGGGCGAGGACGUCGUCAGAUUGCUCCAUGAAUCCCUCCGUAAACGGGGCGAUGUGGAUAUCGAGAUCUGCGCCAUUCUCAACGACACCACUGGGUGCCUCAUGAGUUGUGCUUGGCACGAGCCUCGUUGCCGUGUGGGCUUGAUCUUGGGAACUGGAACCAAUGCUUGCUACUUGGAAGAGAUUGAGGAUAUCCACACCAUUGACCAGGAUGACUUCAAAGGCCAGAAGCAUAUGCUGGUUAACACAGAAUGGGGUGCAUUUGGGGACAAGGGCGAAUUGGACUUCAUUCGAACCAAGUGGGACAGAAAUGUUGAUGACAUGUCGGUCAAUCCCGGCAAACAGAUCUUCGAAAAAAUGAUCAGUGGCAUGUACAUGGGUGAAUUGAUCAGACAGGUCUUGGUGGACCUCAUGAAAGACGAUCUGAUUUUCUUUGGGGCGCACCGCGAUAAAAUCCUUGAAAGAGGUUCAUUCUUCACCCGAUAUGCUUCGGAGAUCGAGUCCGACCCUGUGGGUGACUACACUCGUGCCAAAGCUUGCCUCGUGGAAAUGGACAUCGAUCCGACCUCGGUGACGGACGAGGAUUGCUCCUCGUUGCGGUAUGUGUGCGAGGUCGUGUCUCGACGAGCCUCCUUCAUGGCCUCAGCGGGCAUCACGGCCCUGCUCAAAAAGAUGGACUACAAGGAUGUGGUCAUUGCCAUCGACGGAUCCCUGUUCCGCUAUCACCCGCAUUUCAAGAACGUUAUGCAGUCCCGCAUCAGUCAGCUCAUGGGCAUCGACUACAAGUUCGACCUCAUGCUCUCCGAGGACGGAUCCGGACGUGGAGCCGCUUUGGUCGCGGCCGUUUUGAAGCGCGGCGAAUGACAUCCAGAAGAGUAUGAGUUGUCAUCAAGAUCUGAUGGAAGUGGGGGUCAAGGAUAAGGAGGGCUCAUUUCGGCUCAUGGCUAAGUUCGAGUGUAAUCGAGAAACAUGCAUACGUUAUCGCCUUUUAGGAGUCUCUUGUGUUCUGGGAAACGCCCUCUCAUACAGCAGCCUGAGCAGCCCAAUUUAUUCAGAUAAACACGACACCCCUAAGACUAACUUUGAACUAGUAUUUUAAAAGAUAAUCUUCUCCUAUUUGAAGAACACGUUGAUCUGAGAAUCUGAAUUGAUCUGAUAAAGGUAUCUCCCUUUUGAGCCGGACAACGAUCUGAAUUAUUUAAUCCUAGAUCUAGCGAAAUUACACAUAUUGUAUGAUACAAUUCCUUGCAACAAAAAUAACUUGUUCUUGUCUGAAAUAAAUUCAGCACGCAAUAGUUCGAAUCUCA